GAAGACCCGACCACAAACCCUAGCACUGAGCUUAAUCUUGCUCGGAAAAGCGGCAUGACCUCUACGCAGUUUGGUUCCUGAAGAGAUUCGGCAUUCAACUAAACGUAAUAGGGACCGGAUAACUCGGCAGUUGUAUGAACUUAAGAACCUGCCUCCUCCACUCCCAUCAGACCAUUUCAGUCAAGGAAUAUCCCACCACUGUCCAGGUCCAAACCCAAGAUGUCUAAGAUCGAUACACACCACCACUUUGUCCCGCAAUUCUAUGCCCAAGCGGUCGAAGAUGCCGGCGGCGACCCAUCGGGGUGGCCAACUCCGCGCUGGACACCGGAAGCCUCUCUAACAUCAAUGGACAAGAACGGGACCAAGAAAGCCAUUCUGUCGCUCACAGCCCCAGGCGCAGUGAUCGCCCCGGAUGCAUCCAAGCAACGGGCGCUGGCACGUCAAGCCAACGAAUACGCCGCCAGCCUGCGCGACACCAACCCCGAGCGAUUCGGGUUCUUCGCGGCCUUACCCUGCCUCCUGGACACCGCAGGAACACUCGCAGAAAUCCAGCACAGCCUGGACGUUCUCCACGCAGAAGGAGUCACCCUGUUCACGCGAUACGGACCCGGAAACCAGUAUCUGGGACAUCCGGCCUUCAAGCCGAUCUGGGAGGAGCUCAACGCCCGGAAAGCGGUGGUGUUCAUCCACCCUACUCAUCCGGCGGACACGAACCGCGUCAACCCCCAGCUGCCCCAGCCGGCGAUCGAUUAUCCGCAUGAAACGACCCGUACGGCUGUCGAUUUGCUCACGACGGGUACGAAGCGGGCGUAUCCGGAUUGCAAGGUCAUUCUUUCGCAUGCCGGGGGAACGCUUCCGUACUUGAUCUCUCGUCUUACCACGACUACUAAGUCCCCCGAGGCGACGUAUAAGCCCUACACGACUAGUCCGGAAGAGAUGGUAGAGGACUUUAAGUCGUUCUAUUUCGACUUGGCUCUUUCGAGCUCACCGGCGGUUUUGGCUUUGCUUUUGAGUCUUGUCCCGUACGAGCAUAUAUUAUACGGUAGGGAAUGGGGACUCGUGGAACUGGUUGAAUGAUUCCCGCUGACAGGAAUUCUGCAGGAUCUGAUUUUCCGUACGCUCAUAACGAUAAGAUUGCGGGGUUUAGGGAGGCGCUGGAUGAAUACCCGUUGUCCGAGGAAUUGAGGAAGAAGAUCUAUUCCGGGAAUGCUAAGGCUUUGUUUUCAUCUAACUAAGAUGGUUGGAUCAU